AUGCGUUAUAUUUGCGCUUUUAUGCUAGCUCAACUUGGCGGGAAAGAAAAUCCAACAGAUUCAGAUAUUAAAAACAUACUCGGAUCAGUUGGUAUAGAAUGCGACAAUAGUCGUCUCUCAAAGGGCAAGAAUGUUGAGUCCCUUAUUUCCGAGGGCACCAAAAUGUUGUCAUCUUUUGGCGGUCCCGGCUUAGUUGCCGCACCUGCUGCUGCGACCACCGUACAGGCGCCCGCUUCUAAGGCAGUAGACAAGCCAGAAGAGAUAACUAAGAAAGCGCCCAAGUCAGAAUCGGAGGAAUCUGACGAUGAUAUGGGCAUGAAUCUUUUUGAUUAA